AUGCCUGAUAAUAAACUAUACGAUUUACUUGGUGUUUCACGUAGUGCAACCGAUCAAGAAAUCAAAAAAGCAUACCAUAAACUUGCCAAAACUCAUCAUCCAGACAAAAAUCCAGAAUCCGCUGAAAAAUUCAAAGAAAUCUCCUUCGCCUAUCAAGUUUUAACAGAUGAGAAUAAAAGACAUAUUUAUGACAUGUACGGUCUAGAGGGAUUGAAAGAGGGCGGCGGCGGUGGUGGUGGAGGUAGUAUGGCUGAUAUUCUUGGUCAAUUUUUUGGCGGCGGUGGCGGUGGUGGUGGUGAUCCAUUUGGCGGCUUUGGUGGAUUUGGAGGUUUGUUUGGUGGUCAUAUGGGUGGAGGAGGUCGAAAUCGUCGACGCAAAGGUGAUGAUGUUGCUCACCCACUCAAAGUAACACUCGAACAACUCUACAAAGGUGAUACACGUUCACUUGAAAUAUCUCGUAAGGUUAUCUGUCAGGCAUGUAAUGGUAACGGCGGAAAAGAAGGUGCCAAACAAACAUGUGCACCAUGUCGCGGUCAAGGUAUUCAAUUUGUCACACGACAAAUCGGACCAGGUAUGAUUCAACGAAUGCAACAAGUAUGCAAAGAAUGUAACGGCGAAGGCGAAAUUAUCAAUGAACGUGAUCGUUGUAAAACGUGUAAUGGACGAAAAACCGUCGAUCAAAAGAAGAAACUCGAAGUUGUUAUCUCGCCGGGUAGUAAACAUGAACAACAACUUCGCUUUCCUGGAGAAAGUGAUCAAGCGCCGAAUAUGGAACCCGGAGAUGUGAUUAUUGUUUUACAACAAGAACCUCACGCUACUUUCGAACGUAGCGGAGAUAAUUUGAUCAUGAAACAUAAAAUCAACUUAGUCGAAUCAUUAUGUGGAUUUCAAUUAGUGGUUACACACUUAGAUGGAAGAAAAAUUGUCAUUAAACAUCCGCCAAAUGAUCCAAUUGCACCAGAAACUUAUCGAUGUGUCAAAGGACAAGGUAUGAUCAACAUGAGAACACAUGAUACAGGAGAUUUAAUCAUUCAAUUUGAUGUGGACUUUCCAUCGGAAAAAACUUUUACCGAAGAUCAAUUGAAACAAUUAGAAACAUUUUUACCAAAACGACCACAUGUCGAAAUACCUAAAGGUGAAAACGUUGAAGACGUCUCCAUGAUCGAUUUUCAUACGACCAAAUCAGCACAUGAUCAUAGACAUGGUCAACGCCGUGAAGCCUACGAUGGUGGCGAUUCGGAUGACGAAGGUGGACAACCGGGUGUUCAUGCAUAACAGAUAAGUGUCAUAGUUAUCAUGUCCGUAGGCAUGACUUGGCAAGAAAAGGCUCGAGAAAAACAAAUUGCAUUGAAAAAUUUAAUUCCAUCUGAAUGGAAACUUUCUGAAUCGAUUAUCGAAAAUCUUCCGAAGAAUUUAACAACAAUUCCAUCACAAUGUGGGCUCCUUUCAGCACUCGACUUGGAGAUAACCGAACUCGAUGAUAUGGAAGAAUUGGCACAUCGGAUAGCGCAAGGAAGAUAUUCCGCUAGACAAGUCACCGAAGCUUACUGUAAACGAGCAUCGAUCGCUCAUCAAUUAGUGAACUGUUUAGCGGAAAUCUUCUUCGUACAAGCAUUAGAACGCGCGGAUUACCUGGAUAAGUAUUAUCAGUCAACCGGUGGCAAAACAGUUGGACCAUUACAUGGCAUUCCGAUUAGUUUAAAGGAUCAAUUCGAUAUCAAAGGCGUUGAAACUGUUAUGGGUUACAUUGGAUAUUUGGGAAAUUUGGCUGAAAGAAACUCGAUUCUUGUUGAUAUUCUUCUUUCGCUCGGCGCUGUUUUGUAUGUUAAAACAGCCCUACCACAAACGAUUAUGAUCGGCGAAACAAAAAGUAAUCUUCUAGGUCGAACGAUAAACCCGUUAAAUCGAGAGUUGAGUAGCGGGGGCAGUUCAGGCGGUGAAGGAAGUUUAAUUGCAAUGAAAGGCAGCAUUUGUGGAUUUAGCACUGAUAUUGGCGGAAGCAUUCGUUUUCCUUCGGCUGUCAAUGGAGUCUACGGAAUGAAACCAUCCCAUGGACGAAUUCCUUAUGGUUAUUCAAAGAAUUCUUUAGAUGGUUUAGAAUCGUUGAUGAGCGUUGUUGGGCCAAUGACACGUUCUCUAGCGAAUAUCCGUUUAGUAUUUAAAUUAAUACUCGAAGCGAAAUCUUGGUUAGUCGAUCCACAGGUACAUAACAUUCCUUGGCGAGAACAUUUGUAUCAAGAAGGACAAAGCCCGAAGUUAGCAUUCGGCGUGAUCCUAUUCGAUCAGGUUGUUCAACUUUCGCCACCGGUCAAACGCGCGAUGAACAUGGCUAUCGAUGCACUGAAACGAGCUGGACAUGAAAUUAUCGAAUGGGAUACAAAUGAUUAUCCUCAGGCGUGCGAUAUCUUUGUGAAAAUGUGCACAGCUGAUGGUGGAAAAGAUGUUCAGAAAGCACUUGACUUAAGUGGAGAACCACUUGUCACUGGUGCUUUCAUCGGAUCGCCUGAGACGGAAAUAAGUGUCUAUGAAAGUUGGCAAGUGAACGUUGCUCGGCGAAAUUAUGCGCUUAAAUACUACGAACAAUGGAACCAAACAAAAGAGAGAACGUCCACAGGUCGACCUAUCGAUGGGAUUCUGUCGCCUGUUUAUGCACUACCUGCAUAUCCACACGAAUACAGUCUCACUAUUGGUUAUACGGGUGUUAUUAAUCUACUUCAAUUGAGUUCGGUAAUUCUGCCGGUUACUCGAGUUGAUUUGAACUUAGAUCAAGUUACUGAGGAAUAUCGUCAAUCAAAAGUGUUAAAUGAAUUCGAUGGUUUAGUGAAAGAUACCUACAAUGAUCCGGCGAAGUUCGAAAACUGCAUGGUGGGCUUACAAGUGAUCUGUAGAAGAUUAGAAGAUGAAAAAGCUAUUAGUAUGGCCAUGGUUUUAGAACGAGCAUUACAGUCCUCGAACUGA